UACAGUAAUAAUUACUGGGACAGUAGAUGAAGAGAGGAUAGACGGACUAGAGACAGAAUUUGGGAUUUUGAAAAUCUGCAAAUAUCUGGAUUUACAUAAGUGAACAGAACGCACAGUCUCAUCAGCUUCUGAAGUCUAAACCUCUCCAUUCAUCCAUCAUUCAUCCACCAUCCCUCAGUCCAGGACAUUUCCCUCUCUCCUCUCCUUUCCUUUACUCCCCUCCUCCUCCUCUCCAGCCACUGUUGACGUCCAUGGCUCUGUCACCCGCAUCACCGGUUUCCACGCUGCUCUCUGGUCCAGUCAUGUAGUCAUUAUGGCUCUUCUAAUUGCCUCUGUGUUCACACCCGCGCUGUUUGUCUUCUCGCGGCUCCCUUUCUUUUUUCAGUUAGUUUUAUUUUAGUUAAUCAGUCGUCUUUUUUGUCGGAAACUCUUUUUAUCCUCUUGCACUUUUCUGACGCUUUGGGGAGUUCCGUGCGUCCGAGCCUCUCGCACCUCUCCACGGUGUAAAUCCCUGCUCUGGCUGCUCCACCUGGACGUGUCGCUAAUUUCCCUAUUCAUUCACCCGUGCGGUCGUUUCACGUCGUCGUGACUCCUAAUUGUUUCUUGGCAGAGUUAGAAACCGGUGGUGAAAAGGCUCAUAUGAGUGCGCCUCCGCUGAUCCGUGCGCCCAGCCCUCUCCCGUUCUCAGGGGGCACAAACAACACCAACACCGGCGCCGGGGGAGGGGGUGGUGGUGGUGUAGGAGGAGGAGGAGGAGGUGGUGGUGUGAUCUCCUUCCACAUCCAGAUCGGUCUGAGCCGGGAGCCCGUGCUGCUGGAUGCCGCGGAGUUCAGCCUCAGUCAGGUCCGGGAGGUGGCGUGCUCCAUCGUGGACCAAAAGUUACCAGAGUGCGGCUUCUAUGGGAUGUACGAGAAGAUCCUCCUAUUCCGUCAUGAUCCUACAUCAGACAAUGUGCUGCAGCUACUGCGCUCUGCUUCUCAGAUCCAGGAGGGUGACUUGGUGGAAGCCAUACUGUCAGCUUCAGCCACAGUAGAGGACUUCCAGAUUCGUCCACACUGCCUGUUUGUCCAUUCGUACCGAGCUCCAGCCUUCUGCGACCACUGUGGGGAAAUGCUGUGGGGACUUGUACGCCAAGGACUUAAAUGUGAAGGUUGUGGUCUGAAUUACCACAAGCGCUGUGCCUUUAAGAUCCCCAACAACUGCAGCGGGGUGAGGAGGCGUCGUCCCUCCAAUGUCUCAUUGACAGGCGGGAUAAUCAACAUCGGGCGUCCGCUCUCUGCUGAGCCUUCACCUCCCCACUACAGUGAUGAUGCUUUAUUGUCUCCAGUCAGUCCUAGCAUGGAGCAGAAGAACCAGUUAGAUUACUUUCCUGGCAGAGAGCGGCGAUCCAGCUCACAAUCAUAUGUUGGCCGUCCCAUUGAGCUUGACAAGAUCUUACUGUCAAAAGUCAAAGUUCCCCACACAUUCCUCAUUCACUCUUACACCCGGCCUACUGUCUGCCAGCACUGCAAGAAGCUGCUCAAAGGCCUCUUCAGGCAGGGCCUGCAGUGCAAAGACUGUAAAUUUAAUUGUCAUAAACGAUGUGCGCAAAAAGUGCCAAACAACUGCCUGGGAGAAGUAUCAAAAAAUGGAGAACUUCUGAGCCCAGGUGCAGAAUCGGAUGCCCUCAUGGUGGAGGGUUGCCUUGAUGACCAUGAUAUUGACAGAGGGGGUAGCCUCUUGGAUGACAUGGAUGAAGCGCUGGCCUCAGAGAGUGGCUUGCUGCUAGAGGCAGGACCCAGCGAUCUCUGUGACAUGCACGACCCUGACCUAGAUGAGUCCAACCGAGCCAUCAGCCCCUCCACCAGCAACAACAUUCCUUUGAUGCGAGUCGUCCAGUCUGUCAAACACACAAAGAGGAAGAGCAGCAAUGUGAUGAAAGAGGGCUGGAUGGUCCACUACACCAGCAAGGACACUCUGAGGAAAAGACAUUACUGGAGGCUAGACAGUAAAUGCAUUACGCUGUUUCAGAACGACACAGGAAGUAAAUAUUACAAGGAAAUCCCUCUGUCUGAAAUCUUGUCUCUGGAGCCUGCUCAGAAUUUUUCUCUGCUUCCUGAUGGAGCCAAUCCUCAUUGCUUUGAGAUCGCCACGGCAUCACUGGUUUAUUAUGUUGGAGAGAACCUGCAGAGACCUGAAUCAUCUGUGACAGGCAGCAGCAUUCUGGUCAGCGGUGUUGGGCAGGAUGUGGCUCGAAUGUGGGAAAUGGCCAUCCAGCAUGCUCUGAUGCCAGCGGUUUCUACAGGAAUUUGCCACAGUUCCCACCGCAGUGGACACAAGGAGAUUUCAAUCAGUAUUUCAGUUUCCAACUGCCAGAUCCAGGAGAAUGUGGACAUCAACUCAGUGUAUCAAAUCUUCCCAGACGAGGUUCUUGGCUCAGGACAGUUUGGCAUUGUGUAUGGAGGUAAGCACAGGAAGUCCGGCCGAGACGUUGCCAUCAAAAUCAUCGACAAACUCCGCUUCCCCACCAAACAGGAGAGUCAGCUGCGCAAUGAGGUGGCCAUCCUGCAGAGCCUGCAUCAUCCAGGGGUGGUCAACCUGGACUGUAUGUUUGAGACACCAGAGCGAGUGUUUGUGGUCAUGGAGAAGCUUCAUGGAGACAUGUUGGAGAUGAUCCUGUCCAGUGAGAAAGGCCGACUUCCUGAGAGGAUCACAAAGUUCCUGGUGACACAGAUCUUGGUGGCGUUGCGUCAUCUCCACUUCAAGAACAUUGUCCACUGUGAUCUGAAACCUGAAAAUGUCCUGCUGGCUUCUGCAGACUCUUUCCCCCAGGUGAAGCUGUGUGAUUUUGGGUUUGCUCGAAUCAUUGGUGAGAAGUCAUUCAGGCGUUCAGUGGUCGGAACACCAGCAUAUCUUGCUCCUGAAGUUCUGAGAAAUAAAGGCUACAACCGCUCUCUGGACAUGUGGUCAGUUGGAGUCAUCAUCUAUGUCAGUCUCAGUGGGACGUUCCCUUUCAAUGAAGAUGAAGAUAUUAAUGAUCAGAUCCAGAAUGCAGCCUUCAUGUACCCCCCUCACCCCUGGAAAAAAAUCUCCCAAGAAGCGAUUGACCUGAUCAACAACUUGCUGCAAGUGAAGAUGAGAAAGAGAUAUAGUGUUGACAAGACACUAAGCCAUCCCUGGUUGCAGGACUACCAGAUGUGGCUGGAUCUAAGAAACCUUGAGUCUCGGAUAAACGAGCGCUAUAUCACCCAUGAGAGUGAUGACCUGCGAUGGCAUCAUCACGCCCAGCUCAGCGGCCUAGACUACCCCAUGCACCUAACCAACAGCCCCUGUGGUGAAGUUGGACAGGGGAUGAAGCGUUACAAGGAAAAGGAGGAAGAGCUGGAGACCCUCAGUGAGAGGGUGAGUGAACUAUGA